AUGUGGGCGACCGCGGCGCCCAUUUCAGCCGCGCCGCCCCCUGCCGCAUCCCCUACUGGUGGAGCUCCCGCAUCGCGUCUCCGAGGAGGCGGUGCGGUGCCGAAGCCAAACGCUCCAUCGAUUACAUCAGCAAACAGCACCGUCAAACCUACCGGCUUUAAGCCUACCGGCCCCGAACCUACUGGCAACAAAACUAACGGCGGCAAUCCCAGUGGAGCCGGCCCCAAACCUACGGGCACCAAGCCUAACAGUGGCAGUCCCAGUCUCACCAAGCCUGUGGAAAAUAAUAAAUCUACCGUCAAUUCCACGAACAAGAAGAGUCCGGCUAAGCCGGCGGAUAAGACGGCGGAUAAGACGGCGGCAAAGCCGCCGGGGGCCACGGCGCCGAGUGCGAAGAAGACAGUGACGGUGCAGAGCAGUGCAAUUGAGAGUCAGCGGCAGCGAAUGGUCGGUGCGCGCAUCAGCGCGGCCGGGGAGGCGGGCUCCGCGUCGUGGCUGGUGCAAAACGGCGGCGCGACGUGCGACAUCUCCGUCGGCACGCUCAAUCAGCCUCCCCGUCUCCCCCACCCGCUGCGCUUGUCGUAUCUCAGGUGGAUUCCCAGCAGCACGCGGCCCGCUUACGCGUCCACGUGUCCGUACAUCUCGAGCAAGUUCAACUGCGUGCAGAACGGGCGGCCCGACGGUGGUUACCAGCACCUGAUGUGGCAGCCGCGCGACUGCAACAUGACACUCUUCUCCCCGCUGCACUUCGCGCUCAUGUUUCAAGACAAGACGCUCGCGCUCGUCGGCGACUCCAACGCGGAGUACCUCUUCCAGUCGCUGCGCUGCCAGCUCAGCACGGGCCUCGAAACCGAGGUGGGUGAUUACUGCAAUGCGGAGACUGUGAAUGCGACAACGGCGAGAGUGGACGCGUUCAGAGUGAGCGUGAAUACGACAACGGCGGGAGCGGAGGCAUUUAGAGUGAUAAGCUCCAACACCCUCGUACUGCUCGUUGACGCGCCCUUCCUGUCCUAUGCUGCUCCUGUCGCUCCUGUGUUGACAUUUGCUCUCGUGUUGCUCGUUGACGCGCCCUUCCUGUCCUACGCUGCUCCUGUCGCUACUACGCUACAGUUCAAGUCCAGUGCAUGGAACGUGCAUCUAGACGUGCUCCACCCAACUCUCCGCCAAAUCCUGCCAGACGCGCACGCCGUCAUCUUCUCGUCCGGAUCCUGGUUCAUGCCGCCCGGCCGCUCAUACUACAAAAACGGCCGCCCGCUCGCCGCCCAGAUCAACGGCCUGCAGGCGCACAGUGCUGUGCUCGGCGUUCUGUCGGACUAUCUGGCUCAGCUCAGCCCGACGGGAAUUCAGCAGCUGCUGCUGGGACUGGGGAAGGUGGUUGGGGCGGGUGCGGUGGGGGAUGUGUGCUGGCAAGUGCCUGGAUCGGCACAGACCAUCGCAGGGUAUUUCUAG